AUGACCGAGUGGACUCUGCUCAAACGUCUCCUGGAUGCGGUCCACCAGCACUCCACCAUGAUCGGCCGCUUGUGGCUCACCGUCAUGGUCAUCUUCCGGCUGCUCAUCGUCGCCGUGGCGACCGAGGACGUGUACACCGACGAGCAGGAGAUGUUCGUGUGCAACACGCUGCAGCCGGGCUGCUCCACCGUCUGCUACGACGCCUUCGCGCCCAUCUCGCAGCCCCGCUUCUGGGUCUUCCACAUCAUCAGUGUCUCCACGCCGUCGCUCUGCUUCAUCAUCUACACCUGGCACAACCUGUCCAAGGUGCCGCACGGCGCCAGCCACAGGCAGGGGCAACCGGCGGGCGACGUCCCGGGGCAGGGCGGCCCCGACGCGGGGCGAGACGGCGGACAGGCGGCUUAUGACCGAAGCUGCGACUCCGACAGCUGCUCUAUCCGCUCCCACAAGCACCUGGGCCACAGCCUGGCCGACGUGCUGGAGGGCGUCGCUGGGAGCGCGCCCGGGCAGGGGGUUUCUGGAGGAGUUCUAUCCAAAUGCUACGUCCUCCACGUGUGUCUCCGGGCCGUCCUGGAGGUGGGCUUCGUCCUGGCCCAGUGGAAGCUGUUUGGCUUCCAGGUGCCCGUUCAUUUCCUCUGUACCUCGUCCCCCUGCAGCCAGCCGGUGGACUGCUACGUCUCCAGGCCAACGGAAAAGACCAUCUUCCUGCUCUUCAUGUUCUGCGUCGGGGUCUUCUGCAUCCUGCUCAACCUGCUGGAGCUCAACCACCUGGGCUGGAAGAAGAUCCGCCAGGCGGUGAGGCUGCGGGAGACGGCUUCCUGGGCCGGCUGCGCAGCUCUGAAGGGCUACGAGACCUUCCCAGCAGACAGCCCCUCGCUCACAUCCUCAUUGGGCUUCAGGGAAGUCACCAGCACUACGUCUCUCCCCACGCUGGACCUGGUGGUGGGUCACCAGCCCGACUGGACAUGCGCCCCCAACUGUGGGAGGAUGGGGGAGGCUGAGGAAGCCGGAGCGACCAGAGCGGAGUUACCAAAAAGACAGGAGAGUCUAAAAGGAGAGAGGCCGUCUCUGAAGAUUAAGAGGGAGACCAGAGGGUCCAAGCAGAGGAGUGCCGAGGUCUGGAUUUAA